AUGGGCCUAUUCACCGUCACCGACGAGUGGACAAAGUGCGUCGGCCAUCGCUUCCUGAACUCGCAAAUCUGUGUCUGGCUGGGCUGUCUACAAUUUCUGAUUUGUCUAUGGGCCACCGGGCAACAUGUCAAUUCGUAUAUUGUCUAUGACAAGAUAAUUCACUGCAAUUUCUCGGCCGGCUUCGACCCGAUGCUCGGCGUAGAUGUGAUCAUUUUUGAUGCGGGUCUUCUCCACUCUCUGUGGGGCAUCGAUGGGUGCGUAGCGGAACAUAUGGACGGCGGUUACGGUAGAUUAGCAUGGUGCCUGGCCCACGGUUUCUCCCUCCUUUCAUCCCUUCCAUUCGCAUUUGCCGAUCACCCAAAACCUUCUAAUCUGUGGCCGUUGUUAGUCGUGCAAUCGGCAUACGGUAUCGGGUUGCUGAUUCUCUCGCUGUCGACGUUGCCCCGAGUACUGCCGAUUUUGAUGGAGUCGCAGAAAGCACCUCUCAUUCCUCUAAUAAUAUAUCUUAUUGGUGCAUCUAUCAACUUUUUUCUGUUAUACGUCUACUGGCAUUGGUAUUGGUAUGUGGAGGGGAACUGGAAUAGUGUUGUAAAGGUCCCGUUCGGAGCGCGACUUGAGGACGCGAAUAAGCGGAGCCGACGGGAUAAGCCGAGAUAUGAUCCGGAAGGACCGCCACCAGAAGGAGCAACAGAAGUGACCCCUGUAAGGAGGAGGAUGUUACCCCCGCUACCUGUCGUUCCUCAACAGCCACCGCAGCCUGUAGCUGAUGACGCCGCGUCGGAGCGGAUGUUAUGUGAUUCUGCUGAACCAGUCUACCCGGAAUCCCGAGAAAACCGUCGUCUCCGGGCCCAGGAACAACUCCGAAAUCCACCUCCCCCCACCAACCUACCGUAUCGCUAUUUUAAGCGCCAACGAAAACGUGAUGCUCCCCACGACGAGUUUGAGCUGAGCGAUAUUGAUGAUAACCGAAAUCCGGUGAUGCUGCCUGGCUCCAGCCAAAUGGAGACGCCAAUCUGGGAGCUGCGAGCGUCGAUUGACUACAGCCGAGCCCUGAUCUCGCGCUACAACCCGAUCUCCAAUCUGCCGUAUGCGCCGAGCUUUGACAGCAGCACAUCAGAAGCCAGUACACUCUAUAUGGAACCAGUCGACGAAACCGUCUAUUCCACCCCGCUCACCUCGAGAAAACCGCCAAUAUUUUCCAUUCCGCAGUCACGAUUG